AUGGAUAUAAAAAAUCAUGACCCCAGACUCCUUUCAUAUCAACAUGGCAGUCCUAGCGUAGCCCAAGUUGAGCUAAAAGACCUUCAUACUGUUGCUGAAAGAGGCUUCGCGGCCACCGAUCGGUACGGGACGUCUAUAGUGGUUAUCGACGAGGAUGCGGAGGCCAGACUUCGAAAGAAGAUCGAUAAGAUGAUCAUUCCUAUUAUCUCGGCACUCUACCUGUUUUGCUUCAUAGAUCGUGCUAACCUAGGAAACGCGAAAAUUGUCGGGCUCCAGAAAGAUCUGAAUAUGACGGGUAUCUAUGACUACAACCAGUUGGCAUCUGUCUUUUACAUCUCUUAUAUUCUAUUUGAGAUUCCGAGCGGCCUUGCAUGCAAGUGGAUAGGACCCGGAUGGUUCAUCCCUUUCCUCACUAUGGGCUUUGGAGUUAUGUCCUUGGCUUUCGCAUACGUCCAGAACCUUUCUCAGGCAUGUGCUGUCCGCUUUCUCCUUGGCAUCUUCGAAUCUGGCGUCAUGCCCGCAAUGACCUACUACCUGUCUCGAUGGUAUCGGAGAUCUGAGUUCACAUUCAGAGUCGCUACCUUCAUCGUAAUGGCGCCUGUUGCUGGUGCUUUUGGCGGCUUACUCGCUUCAGCCAUCACGAGUCUGUCGAACAUAGGUGAACUACACACCUGGCGAAUGAUCUUUCUGGUUGAGGGAAUCAUAACGAUCUGUCUUUCCCUCCUGGGAUUUGCGGUUCUCACCGACCGGCCCGAGACUGCUCGGUGGUUAACGCAGGAUGAGAAAGAUCUCGCUACUGCUAGGGUGAAGUCAGAACGCAUCGCCCAGGUCGCUGUCCUUGAUAACUUUAGCAAAAACAAGCUUUGGCUGGGCUUUUGGAACCCGGUGGUGCUUGUCACAUCCUGGGUGUUCUUGCUUGACAACAUCACGGUGCAAGGCCUGGCUUUCUUCAUGCCAACGAUUAUUGCGAAUAUCUUUCCGUCAACUAGUGGCUACACCAGCAUCCACCAACAACUGUUGACCGUUCCGCCAUAUAUAUUCGGGGCAUUAUUCACACUAUUGCUGCCCUAUCUGGGCUGGAAAAUGGACAAGCGCCAGAUAUUCUUUAUCAUCGCUGCAAUCCCUGUCAUACUCGGCUUCAUCAUCUGUCUAGCCACCAGAAAUCACGUUGCCCAUUACGUCGCUACCUUCAUUGUGGCAGCUACUACGUUUAGUCUUGGUCCGCUCACCAACGCGCAAGCAGCAUGUCAAGUGUCCAGCGACACGUCUCGGAGCGUAGCUGUCUCGGUGAACAUGUUCUUUGGCAACAUUGGAGGGCUCAUAUCCACUUGGAGCUAUCUUGACUGGGACAAGCCCGACUUCUUGAUUGGGAACGGUCUCAAUUUUGCUGCAUCAACACUGAUACUCCUAUCUAGUAUCGCGGCUCUGGUUUGGAUGAACCACGACAAUAAAAAGAGAAAUGGCAGGAACGUAGACGAAGAACUUAGAGCCUUGGCGGAAGAACAGAUCGAGGAUCUCGAGUGGAAGCACCCCGCCUGGAGGUGGAAGCCAUGA